CCAGUUUUUGCAGAAAACAAAAAAAAAAACAAAAAAAAAAAACAUCGGAGCUUCUCUUUCCUUGCAUUCGUUCGCUCGCCUCUCACCACUUCACAAGUAACUCUUAGGAUCGAUUGAUUUGGUGUUUCCUCAGUUACCUGGUUGAGGUGUAUCUAUCAAUCAUGUAUUACUACAUUGCAUUGGGAUAAGAAGCUAUCCUUUAAACUAAACCCAACCAUGAGUUUUGUUUAUCGUGGCGCAAGAUCUGAUAUCGAAAGUGGAUUUCCAGGAUUUAUACCUGAACAGCGUGCAGUGCAUUUACAUGCUGCUGCCAGACCAAUUAAUAGCAACUCAAUUGCUUUGCUUGUAACAGUUCUUUUACUGUUCACAGUACUAAAUUCUCAUCAAAUAUCAACCAAAUUUCUGCUAUGGCUAGUUCUUGGCGCUUUUUUGAUGGCAACAAGCCUUAGAAUGUAUGCAAGUUGCCAGCAACUUCAGGCUCAGGCACAAGCCCAUGCUGCAGCUUCUGCUGCUGCAAGUGGCUUGCUUGGUCAGACUGAGUUCAGGUUGAGGAUGCCCCCUUCUAUUGCACUAGCAACGAGAGGGAGAUUGCAAGGAUUGAGGCUUCAACUCGCCCUUCUAGACCGCGAAUUUGAUGAUCUUGACUAUGAAGCCCUAAGGGCCCUGGAUAAUGAGAAUCCUUCUGCAAUGCCUUCAAUAAGUGAAGAAGAGAUCAAUUCUUUACCAGUUCACAGAUAUAAGUGCACCGGUCCAAAAAAGAACUACUCAUCCAUGCAACAAUCAGCUGCAUCUUCGUCAUCAGAUUUAUUGGAGGUAUUCAUUUACAAUAGUUACAUUAUUACUCUUGAAUAUCGCCAGACUUGAACUUGUUUGAGAAAUAAUCAGGAAUCAAAGGAGGAAGGCAAUUCAGGUGGAAAAGGUUCAGAAAAUGACGAUGAUUUAACAUGCAGCAUUUGCUUGGAGCAGGUCAAUGGAGGAGAGCUCAUUCGAAGCUUGCCAUGUUUGCAUCAGUUCCAUACUAAUUGCAUUGAUCAGUGGCUGCGACAACAAGCCUCUUGCCCUGUGUGUAAAUUUGCAGUCAGUUUGCAGUGGCAGCAAACCAGGGAUAUAUAGAACAGAUGUAAAUAUAAGUUAUCUCCCCAGCUCGAUUAUGCAAUAAAUUUGUUUGCUCAAUUAUUAUUAUUGUUUAGGAAAUUUGCAGUUAAAAUAUGGUUUAUUAUAUGCCACAAUAUAGUGGUUG